GGGUGGGAUUUCGACGUUGGGGCAACGGGUUUGCAGUGUUUUUAUUCGCCUGUGAAGGAAUGCAGGACAUAGACAGUUUAUACAGAUUUACACAAACCUCCAAUGGUCAGGAUAAUCGGAUUUACAAUGGAACUAUAGUUUAUUACAAGCAACAAUUGUUCAUUUUGGUCAGUGACUACAUUGCACCAGUGAAGAUUCGCGCAGAUGAGCUCACCGCCAAUAUAAAGCUGAAAGUGUUUCCUUUGUGGUGGGGGGGUGGGGUAGCCAGCGGUGGUGGGGGCUGGGCCCAGGGCUGGGGCCAAGGCUGGGGUUGGGACCGCUGUAUGCAAUGGGAACCAGGGCCUGGAGAGGGGGCCCAGGCCCCAGCGUUUGACUGCCCAGUCUGGUGUGUCCUCUGCCGGGGAUGCAGGGCCAGGCUCAGGGAGGCCUGCCAAAGAGGGAGGGGAGCCAUCAGACUGCCCACAGACAUGCUUAGCAUCAAACUCCCCCAGCUCUUCGACAUCCACCAAGUCCCCAAGGUGUUCCGGGAGGAUGGCAUCAUCUCGGGAUACCGUCACCCCCAAAGCUCCGCCCUGGACUGCAUCCUUAGCAGCUUCCAGAUGACCAAUGAGACAGUCAACAUCUGGACCCACUUCCUGCCCACAUGGUACUUCCUGUGGCGCUUCAGCGUCCUGUGCUCUACACUGAACUUCCUGUCGGAGAGCUACACCUGGCCGCUGCUGGUGUACAUGCUGCUGAUCUGCGUGUACCCCUUCACCUCCAGCUGUGCCCACACCUUCAGCACCAUGUCCCCCGAGGCACGCCACAUCUGCUACUUCUUCGACUACGGCGCACUCAGCCUCUACAGCCUGGGUUGUGCCAUAACCUAUGGGUCAUAUGUGAUGCCUGACUGCUGGGUCAACAGCUGGCUGCACCAACACUUUGUGCCCAUCGCCAUCUGCAACACAGUAUUCUGCACCAGCCUGUCCUGCUAUUCUAGAUUCCUGGAGAUGCAGUUUCCACACCGCAGUAAAGUUCUCCGGACAGGGGCAUUUGUCUUUCCAUUCAUCUUUGACAACAUCCCUCUAUUUUACAGACUGCUGCUGUGCUGCGGGGGCAGCUGCUGUCACAGUGAGGCCCUGUCCAGUCACUGUUACCACCUCCUCUUCGCCUUCCUCACCUGCUUCCUGUUUGCCUCACACCUCCCAGAGAGGCUGGCCCCGGGGCGCUUCGACUACUUCGGCCACAGUCACCAGCUUUUCCACAUCUGUGCCGUGGUGGGUACCCACUUCCAGAUGGAGGCGGUGCUAGCAGACAUGACCUCACGCAGGGCGUGGCUCAUUGCGCAGGCGGCCGUACCCUCCUUCCUGAGUACCCUGGGGGCACUGGCCCUCAGCAUCAUCCUCAACCUAGGCAUCAUUGGCAUCUUCAGUGCCCCUCUGCUGUGGAACCCCCACCACAGUGCCAACCACCCACUGACGCCACCCGCGAAACGCAAGCAACAGUGACACUCCCCACAACCAGUGACCAACCAAUAUGUUCAAAUGAAAAGGGUUGGCUAAACCAUUCUCCCAGUUGUGAACUUUGGAAGUAAUAACCAUAAGAAGUUGUAUUAUACCUUUUCAAACCAGGUAGUAUUUGUAUAAACCCAUUGGAUUAUUAUCACAGGAUGGUUUUUCUACAUGUUAUUCUAACGUCAUUAUAAGGUUUGUUUAGGAGUUUAUUAAUGUGUUCACUGUUUACUUUGAAGCCGAAUACCCAGCUAUUUGUAUGAAGCCUUUCAGUUAUUCAGUAUCAUUGUUUACUGUUUAAAGUUGUGGAGGUUUUUUGAGAUAAAGUAUCAUAUGCCGACUUCUUUUCACUUAUACUUGAAAGGAUCUGGGUUGUAUGAAGCAUAUGUGAUGUCUAACAACACAUAAAAGUGCCUUCUUUUAUAAAUAGUGACCCAAAUGUUACCUAAGUACUCGUAACAUUAUUUCUGGUUUGUGUAAAUCUCAAACAUCUUUAACUGUACAUUUGCAGGGAAUUUUCAUAUUAAUAUAUAAGUAUUUAGCUACUGUUUUUCAAUUGUCCUAUGUAUUUGUAAGCCAUUAUUAGAACAUCUCAAAACCCAUAUUUAAUAUAAAGUAUGACUAUCCGUUACGUGAUUCUCAUCACUAACUGGACUACUUAGUAUGAUUCCAUCAUUUUGUUUUAAUAUUCAAUACCAUCUCAUUUAAAUCUCCACUAUGACUUGAAUACAUUUACAGACCAGUGUAGUGCUCUCUCAGAUUGCCUGCUCUAAACGUCUACACUCUCAGAAAAAAAGGUGCUUUCUAGAACCUAAAAGGGUUCUUCGGCUGUCCCCGUAGGGAGAACCCUUUAAAGAACCCUUUUUGGUUCCAGGUAGAACCCUUUUGAGUUCCUUGUAAAACCCUUUCCACAGAGGGUUCUACAUGGAACCCAAAAUAUUUCUGUCUGGAACCAAAAAGGUUUCUCCUAUGGGGACAGCCAAAGGACCCUUUUGAAACCCUUUUUUCUAAGCGUGUACCUGAAAGCUACAGCACUGUACCAUGUCUAUGAUUAAAAGACAGGUGCCAUUUUACAUGAGGUACGUUUCCAUGGAAACUCCAUGGUUCUUCGCAGUUUGUGUUCCUGUGAAUGCUCAGUCACUUUAAUUGUUCUUUGGAGUACUCUUAUUUGUUACAUCUACAACAUACAUUAAUGGUCAUUGGAUACAUUUUUUGAAACACUACGUGCUGUUUAAAUGUCAGGGAAUUACUGAAAUUCUCCCUAAAACAUACCCAUCAUUGUAACAUCAAUAGGACAUACUAAAUGAUCUUGUUUAUAACAGCUAUCUGAUGGAAAAAAUCUUAGAUGAUGGUGCACAACAGAACUGAAUGAGUGAUGUCUCCUCAUCUCCCAGGCAUGUGGAUGUGGUCAGUGGAGGUCAAAGGGUCUUGGCACUGUCGUAUUCAUGUGGUAUCGUGGUGGUCAUUGCAGGUUUAUCGCAAACCAAUACACCACUCACCCCAUGCUGAUAUAACAUUGUCAGUGGCUAUUGUUUACAUGUAUCCUUGAAAAAGAGUGUGGUAUCUCUUGAGCAUUUAAUCCUUGUAGUAUAUAUAACAGCACUUACUGUUUCUGUUCAGUUGUAAAGCAUAGUGUAUAUGUACAGGUAACUGCCAAAAUAAAGGAAACGCCAACAUAAAGUGUCUUAAUAGGGUGUUGGGCCACCACGAGCCAGAACAGCUUCUAUGCCUUGGCAUAGGUUCUACAAGUGUCUGGAACUCUGUUGGAGGGAUGCGACACCAUUCUUCCACGAGAAAUUCCAUAAUUUGGUGUUUAGUUGAAGGGGUGGAAAACGCUGUCUCAGGCGCCGCUCCACAUUCUCCCAUAAGUGUUCAGUUGGGUUGAAAUGUGGUGACUAAGAGACACACACAGACCCUUUAAGCCCCCUGUGCUCCUUUGAGACCUCUCUUUCAAAGUCACUGAGAUCUCUUCUAGCCAUGGUAGCCAAAAUAAUGGGCAAUAGGGCAUUUUUAUACAUGACCCUAAGUAUGAUGGGAUAUUAAUUGCUUAACUCAGGAACCACACCUGUGUGGAAGCACAUGCUUUCAAUAUACUAUGUAUCCCUCAUUUACUGAAGUGUUUUCUUUAUUUUGGGCAUUACCUGUAUAUUUGCAUGAUUAUUUUUGUAAAUGUUUUAGAUUAGGAAAAAUGAUUAAUUACAUCCCCAACAUCAUAUGAUCAUUUUUUUGACAUAAUAGCACUUACAUGUACCACACUACACCUAACACACAUGUCAUUAUUCUAUCAUGUAGCUCUGUAUUCAGUAUGCAGGGGAGACCAGGGUUGGUUGUCAGUGCUUUAUAACUUCCAAACUAGAGGGCGCUGUGUAAUCAUUUUAAGAUUAAAAUGUGUGAAUUCUUUGAAAGAACUAAUCCACCUGGUCGAUUCAUGUCAUCAUAACAAAACAUUUAGGUGAUGGUAUUUUUGUAUUUUUUUAAUUCAUAGGUGAAAGUUGUUUUUUUUAAGAUGGAAUUAAAAAAAAAAUGUGUGAAUUAUGGAAGUAUACAUGUAAAAAAAUAUUAUAGGGAGAGCUACAUUCCAAACCUAUUUCUGAGUUCCUAGGUCAAGUCAUGUGGUAACUAGCAUCUUAAUUAGCAUUGGGUUCUGUUGCUAUAAACCUUCCUUCAAGGCAUAUCAAAAUGUGUUGGGAAUAAUAUAUGUAGGGUGGAGAGCGUUAGCACAUUGGGAAGAUGUCGCCGAGACAUCAGAAUAGAGUCUUGAUGCCUGGCCGACAUAUAUACUAUGUAGAACUGUAGAAUUUAGAAUGGAGGUAUUCUAAAAACAUCUGUGACACGUCUUGCCAAUUAGCAAACGAUGUCUAAACUGCGUCUUCCCGAUUCAUCAUGUGUACAUCCAUUGGCCAGAGGUUUCUCUUCUAUCUGGGUUUGUUGCCUUUCUCUCCCAAACAUAUUUUUUCUGUCACACACCAACAAAUGUACACGUGUAUGCAACACACGCACACACAAAUUGACUCAAAAUGUCAUAUGUUAUCCUGCAUUUUGUUAGGAAUAUCAUUUGAUAAAAGAAAGGCUAUUUCUAAGACGCUGUAAACUAUAUUGCUUAAUUUCCUUUUACAAAAGGAAUAAACUACUAGCCAACAUUGUGACAACCAAUCCCAUCAGUGGAGACUGCCUAGGGGAGGACGGCGCAAACUAAUGGGUGAAGCAGAGCGAAUGGAAUGGCAUCAACCACAUGGAAACCAUUUGUUUGAUAUAUUUGAUAUUAUUCCACUGAUUCCACUUCAGCCAUUACCACGAGCCCGUCCUCCCCAAUUAAGGUGCCACCAACCUCCUGUGAACCUUAUACUGUGUGACAACCAACCCUGCGAUGGGGCUGGUUGUCACAAGUGGGCAGAGUGUGUUUGAUGGCUUAUUACUCCCAUGUUGGAAUAAGACAUACUAAUAGGAUCCCUAUUUCAACCCAAGUCCUUGGUCUUUCUGUUAAUGUUGAAAAGAGUCUUGUUAUAUAUACUGGUGCUGAGAAAUACACACCAGAGUAAAACGUGUGACAACCAACCCAAGUCUCCCCUAAAGGCUCUGGGUUGUUAUGAGGGAAUAGAAAGUGAUAUUGUGUCAGUGAGGGCAAUGGACUGUGUUGCAGGUCGAGCAGAGUGUACAGGCAGUAUAGGCAAACACACAUACACACACUUAAUUUUACUCCAACGAGAGCCCUAUUGUUUGAAAACCAAUUUUUGUUUUGAGGGUUAGUGUAUUGAACACAGAGAGACCUAUAUAUUUGCCCUUUUCAUCAUUCUUAUACCACUCAGUUUUCCAUUGUUGAUUUUGGUAUGGUGCUUUCAUCAUCUUACAACUUGUUUCUUGGAAGUGGGUUGUGACUAGCAUGUGGCCGACCAUAUCGACCAUAACUGUAUCUGAAUUGACAUAUUGUAGUGCUGAUAUACCUGCAGUUGUCCUUUAAGUUGUUGAAUAUUUGAACGUUCAACUACAUUUCUAAACAUUCUGUUAUGCUUUUGUCAUUGAAAUCUAAUUUCGUUCAAACUAGAUUAGCGUUGAAAAAAAAGUGAUGACCUAUUAGUUCAAAUGCGUCUGUUUGUUUACGUCGAUCCCUUUCAUAAAGUUAAUAUGAUGAUUCCCAAAGUGUGUUCAUAUUGAAUGGCAUGUUACAGAAAGUAAAAUAGGAAGCUAUGUAAAGAUUUGGUUGGAUGACACAACAAACCACACACCAAGGAACUUCCAGUGACUCCUGACGAGUGCUAGGUUUUAGCAAAGAGGGAAGAAGCGGUUUGAAUGAAUGUCUGUGCCUAUUUUCCUUUUAUACUACCUUUAAUUAAACUUUUAUUUUAAUUUAGCAUAUAUGCUGUGUUUUGUGUGGAGAACUUAAUAUAGUUCCUGGGGAAAAUACUGAAGAAAAAAAAUAUUUCAUUGUUUGCUAUCUUGUUACUAAAAUUGUGUCAAUGCUGCCUUAUUAGAGUGUAUUCAUCACUGGAAUCAUUUCUCUAAUAAAAAUUACUUACCACAUA